GGGACGCCCCUCUGGCGAUCUGUCAGUGCUUGGACCAACUUCAUCCCUUCUGGAACGUUUCUCACCAGCCUGAUAGUUCUUAAGACAAGUAUGCAGUUAAGCUGCUAAGGGAUGGAAGAAGCGAGUCUGUGCCUUGGGGUGUCCACAGCGGCGGCGCCCGAAGCUGAGCCCCACCUGAGUGGCCCCGUGCUCAACGGCCAGUAUGCCAUGAGUCAGAAGUUGCACCAGAUCACGUCCCAGCUCAGCCAUGCCUUUCCGGACCUGCACCCACGGCCCAAUGCCGAGGACAAGACCCCCACAGCGCCCCUGGAGGAGAAGGCGCACGUGCCCAUGAGCGGCCAGCCCAUGGGCGGUCAAAUGGCGCUGCUGGCCAACCAGCUGGGCCGGGACGUGGACACCAGCCUCAACGGGCGGGUGGACCUGCAGCAGUUCCUCAACGGGCAGAACCUGGGCAUCAUGUCCCAGAUGAGUGACAUUGAGGACGACGCGCGUAAAAACCGCAAGUACCCGUGCCCUCUGUGCGGCAAGCGCUUCCGCUUCAACAGCAUCCUCUCCCUGCACAUGCGCACCCACACGGGCGAGAAGCCCUUCAAGUGCCCCUACUGUGAUCACCGGGCGGCUCAGAAGGGCAACCUUAAGAUUCACCUGCGGACCCACAAGCUGGGCAACCUGGGCAAGGGGCGCGGGCGGGUGCGGGAGGAGAACCGCCUGCUUCACGAGCUGGAGGAGCGGGCCAUUCUGCGCGACAAGCAGAUGAAGGGCAGCCUGCUGCAGCCGCGGCCGGACCUCAAGCCCCCGCCGCACACGCAGCAGGCCCCGCUGGCCGCCUGCAACCUGGCGCUGCCCGCCAAUCACAGUGUGCCCGACGUGGCCAACCCGGUGCCCUCGCCCAAGCCGGCCAGCGUGCAGGAGGACGCGGUGGCCCCGGCGGCCGGCUUCCGCUGCACGUUCUGCAAGGGCAAGUUCAAGAAGCGUGAGGAGCUGGACCGCCACAUCCGCAUCCUGCACAAGCCUUACAAGUGCACGCUGUGCGACUUCGCCGCCUCACAGGAGGAGGAGCUCAUUGGCCACGUGGAGAAGGCGCACAUCACCGCCGAGUCCGCCCAGGGCCAGGGCCCCAGCGGUGGCGGGGAGCAGGCGGCCAACGAGUUCCGCUGCGAAGUGUGCGGCCAGGUGUUCAGCCAGGCCUGGUUCCUCAAGGGCCACAUGCGCAAACACAAGGACUCCUUUGAGCACUGCUGCCAGAUCUGUGGCCGGCGCUUCAAGGAGCCCUGGUUCCUCAAGAACCACAUGAAGGUGCACCUCAACAAGCUGUCGGUGAAGAGCAAGUCCCCCAGCGACCCCGAGGUGCCCGUGCCCAUGGGCGGCAUGUCCCAGGAGGCCCACGCCAACCUGUACUCCAGGUACCUCGCCUGCCUGCAGAGUGGCUUCAUGGCCCCCGACAAGGCGAGCCUGAGCGAGCCCGGGCCCCUCUACGGCAAGGGCGCGGAGCUGCCGGCCAAGGAGAAGGAGGCGCUGGGGAAGCUGCUGUCUCCCCUCUCCGGAGUGGCCCACGGCAUCUCCGAGGGGGAUAAGCACUCCCUCCUGGGGUGCCUCAACCUCGUGCCGCCCCUGAAAUCCAGCUGCAUUGAGCGGCUGCAGGCGGCCGCCAAGGCUGCAGAGAUGGACCCCGUGAACAGCUACCAGGCCUGGCAGCUCAUGGCCCGGGGCGUGGCCGUGGAACACGGCUUCUUGUCUAAGGAGCACCCGCUGCAGCAGCGCAACCACGAAGACCCUUUGGCAGGCGCCGGGGUGAUGUUCCAUAAGGAGAAACGUGAGUACGUGUUGGUGGGGGCGGACGGCUCCAAGCAGAAGUUGCCCGCUGACCUGGUGCACGGCGCUAAAGCGGGCGGUCAGCGGGACGUGCCCAGCAAGCUGGAACCUUUGGAAGGCGCUCGGGAUUUUUUGUCGCACGGGCUGAACCAGUCGCUGGACUAUAACCUGCAGGGUCCCGGGACCACGAAGGAGAAGCCCACGGAGUGCCCCGACUGUGGCCGGGUGUUCCGCACCUACCACCAGGUGGUCGUGCACUCCCGCGUGCACAAGCGGGACCGUAAGGGCGACGAGGAUGCGCUGCACGUGGGCCUGGAGGAGCGGCGCGGCUCCGGCAGCGACCAGGAGUCCCAGUCGGUGAGCCGCUCCACCACGCCGGGCUCCUCCAACGUCACCGAGGAGAGCGGGGUCGGAGGAGGCCUGUCCCAGACCGGGAGUGCCCAGGAGGACAGCCCGCACCCCUCCUCGCCGUCCUCCUCAGACAUUGGCGAGGAGGCUGGGAGAUCCUCCGGCGUCCAGCAGCCCGCACUGCUUCGCGACCGGAGCCUGGGCUCGGCCAUGAAGGACUGUCCGUACUGUGGGAAAACGUUCCGCACGUCUCAUCACCUUAAGGUCCACCUGAGGAUACAUACAGGUGAGAAACCCUACAAGUGUCCCCACUGUGACUACGCCGGCACACAGUCAGCGUCCUUGAAGUACCACUUAGAGCGACACCAUCGGGAACGGCAGAAUGGAGCCGGGCCCCUGUCCGGUCAGCCCCCCAGCCAAGACCACAAGGAUGAGCUGUCCAGCAAAGCUUCUUUGUUUAUCAGGCCAGACAUCCUGAGGGGGGCCUUUAAGGGGCUCCCCGGGAUUGACUUCAGAGGCGGCCCUGCCUCUCAGCAGUGGGCGUCAGGAGCGCUGUCAUCUGGAGAUCACUCCGGCCAGGCCACCGGCAUGUCUUCAGAGGCUCCGGCAGACACCCUGAAAGGGGCUGACCUUCCCUCCAAAAGCUCUCACUUCUCCGAGAUCGGAAGAGCUUAUCAGAGCAUCGUGGGCAACGGUGUCAACUUCCAAGGCUCCUUGCAGGCUUUCAUGGACAGCUUUGUCCUCAGCUCCUUGAAGAAAGACAAGGACAUGAAGGACAAAGCCCUGUCUGACCCUCCGUCCAUGAAAGUCCACGGGGCGGAGGGGGGUGAGGAGAAACCCAGCAGUAAGUCCUCCCAGAGGAAGUCGGAGAAAUCCCAGUACGAGCCCCUGGACCUGUCCGUGCGGCCGGACGCCGCGUCCCUCCCAGGCUCCUCAGUGACCAUGCAGGACAGCAUCGCGUGGCACGGCUGCUUGUUCUGUGCUUUCACGACAUCCUCAAUGGAGCUGAUGGCCCUGCAUCUCCAGGCCAACCACCUGGGCAAAGCAAAACGCAAAGAUAACGCCGCAGGGGGGACAGUCAACUGCAAAGACCCAGGCCGGGAGGUGGGGAAGAUGUCACUGCUGCCCUCGGUGCAGUCCAACAAAGAGCUGGGCCUUUCCGCUAUGAUUGGCUCUCUGGACUCUGCUUCUGAGAAGAUGGCCCAAGGACAGAUCAAAGAGACGCUGGGGGAGCAGAGGAGCAGCUCGUGGCCCAGCCACGUGGACCCUGCCUUUUGUAACUUCCCCUCUGACUUCUACAAGCAGUUUGGGGUCUACCCGGGCAUGGUUGGCUUGGGAGCCUCCAGCUCCUGCCCCAACAAGGAGCCGGAUGAGAAGGCCCACCCUGAAGACGACGCCCCCAUCCUGAUCCCCGAAGCCACCGGUAAGAGCGCUGCGGACGACCUCUCCGAUAUUGCCUCCUCCGAGGACAUGGACUCCUCCAAGGGAGAAAACAACGAGGAAGAAGAUGUUGAGACUGAACCAGAAAUGAUGAGCAAACCAGUGUCUGCCCUUGGCAAGGACAGCAGCAGCGACGGCGGGGACAGCCUGCUGCCCACGGGCACCCUCCAGCCCGUCCAGGGACUGGUCUCAUCUUUGCCCCAAGCGUCCGAGAAGCAGUGGCACACGAGCCCAGGCCUUCUUCCAGCCCAGGACCCCUCGGCAGGCCUGCCAAAGCCAGAGCGGGGGCCCCCGGGCCUGGAGAAGCCAGUGAACAUGCUGUCGGUCCUCAGGGCCUACAGCUCUGAUGGCUUAGCAGCCUUUAACGGACUCACAAGUAGCACGGCAAAUUCUGGAUGUAUCAAGAGGCCAGACUUGUGUGGUCACAGGCCUUUCCAGUGCCGAUACUGUCCCUACAGUGCCUCUCAGAAGGGGAAUCUGAAGACCCACGUUCUCUGUGUCCAUCGCAUGCCUUUCGACAACAGCCAGUAUCCCGACCGCAGGUUCAAGCGCUCCAGAGUGGACUCCGAGGCUUCUGGGAAUUUUGAGGAGCCCACAGCUGUCAGGGCAGGAAGCUCUGCAGACCUCUCGGAGGACGGCGGCAAGAUCCAGGCCGAGAGCAACUGAAUAGAACAACCUGUACAUUGCAAUAUUAUUUCACACCAUUUUAAUAUUAUGCAUCUGGUAAAAGAGUUUGCUAACUGCAUUCCAAGGGGAACAAAUCGUGUACAAGCCCCCAAUAGUGUAUAGAACAUUUAAAAGAAUUUUAAAAGAUAUCUAUAUAUAUAUUAAAAAAAAAAAAAUCCCCCAGCCCUUGAACAUGGCUGCUAAACUGUUACCCGGCAACAAGUACUUCCAAACAGUGCAGGUGGGAGAAAAGUGAUCUCACAAAUGCUUGAUGUCCUCCGAGCUCCAGAGAAAGCCGGGGGCCCCUUCCAACCCGAAAGUUCGUCUUGGUUUCAAAAUAAUGCUCUUACCCGAAAAACAAUACCAUCUAAAUGAUUUAGUGUUGCCUUGAAAGAUGGAGGGGCUGUGUUUUCGUGGUUGAAAACACCUCAUAAUCUGACACCAGCUGCUGUCAUUUGCCUCGCACCUUAAUGAGACGUGUUGGGAGGCAGCUGUGGUGCCAGCCAGGCUGGAGCGGUCACUGCAGAGAAAAUCAAUUCACGUGGUGUUGUAACUGCACUCUGGGAGAAACCUUAGACGGCCCGCAGCCAGCGCCAGGGCUGACCCGCACUGCAGAGGUUGCAAUCUUAAAUGUGCAUUUAAAAAAAAAUACACAGCCAAAUAAAUCAAUGGUCAGGAAGUGUCUGCAGACAAACGUCCACUGCAGUUUUGAUGAGUAAUUCCUUUUUUUAGAUACAAUUGCAGGAUGGAGGGAAAUGUUUUGUUCUUGGUUGCUUUUUUUAUUUUCAUUUUUUUUUAAUUUUUGGAUGAAGAAGGAGAAUGUGAUGAA